CUCGCAUCAUCUGUCAAGAAUAUCGUCGCAAUGACUGAGCGAAACACAGGAUUUUGUGCAGAUUGUUUCAAGGGUGAGAGACUACAUACUUCAGUGACUGUUAGAGCGGCCAUUGAUGGGUACCAAUUGCAUGCAGGCGUUCGCUACGAGGGGACCCCUGAUGGUACGCGAUGUUGUGUUGAGGGUAUCAUUUGCGGACAUAUUGAUAGCCGGCAUAGGAAGGAUUGAACAGAUCGCCAAUGUGGAAUGCUACAUCGCUGAGCCGCUCGGUGAAGGAUCACAAGAAAAGGCCAUACUCUUCCUCACCGACGCGUACGGGCACAAAUUUGUGAACAACCAGGUUGGUGAAUCACCGGGUAUUUGCGCGGUUAUCGGAAUUCUGAGCCACGUUCUCCUGCAGUUGCUCGCGGAUGACUUCGCGCGGAACGGAUACCACGUCAUUGUGCCGGAUCUCUUCCAGAAUGACGCCGUUCCCAGCUUUGUUCCUCCUGACGCUUCAAUCAGCAAGGAGGAAUUUGACGUCGCUGCAUGGGUAGAGAGACAUCCUCCUGAGAUCGUUCAGGGAAUCGUAGCGCAAGUUGUCACGGCGCUUCGAGAGCGUGGUGUCAAGAAAUUCGCAGCGCUUGGUUACUGCUUCGGCGCACGAAUUGCAAUCGACCUCGCUUCCGCGGAAGCCACAUCUGUUUGCGUGGUUUCUCAUCCAUCAUUCUGGAAAGUACCUGAUGACAUGGAGAGGUACCUAGUAGAGUCGAAGGCCCCUCUACUGAUCAACAGCUGCGAGGUCGACGCGAUGUUCCCAAAGGAAGCGCAGGAGAAAGUUGACGCGAUCCUCGGUGGUGGGAGGUUCAAACCUGGUUAUGAACGGACGUAUUGGCAGGGCUGCAUGCAUGGCUUCGCUGUGCGCGGGGAUAUGGUACGGCAACCUUCUACAGCGCCGUUCCUCGGUUGACGGUCCAAUGCAGAGUAAUCCGAGCGUGAGAGCUGGAAAGGAAGGCGCCUUCAAGGCCAGCGUCGAAUUCCUCCGAAAGCAUCUCUAAAGACGUUCGAUGCGUGAUUCCGCGCUUCGACGGCCCACGCUAGGAAGCAGCUGCGAGUUCGUCGAAAUGCAGGAGUCGAGACGGACUCACACACCCCUCGGCGGGGAUGCACGCCCGGAUCAUGUCUUCGUUGUCUAUAAGAUGGCCAUUC